GCCCGGUGAUGACGUACUUCCGGUUUGAGGCACCCAUCCGAGGGAGAACAGAGAACGGGAGCGUCACUGUUUAUUAAAGUAAAAACCAAACAAAACAACAACAACACCGAGGAAAUAUUUUCUGACAACUCAGGUCAUCAUGGCGUCUGGCAGCUCGAGCAGCGAGGAGGAGAGGAGCCUGCGGGAGUGUGAGCUGUACGUGCAGAAGCACAACAUCCAGCAGCUGCUGAAGGACUGCAUCGUGCAGCUGUGCACGUCCAGGCCCGAGCGACCCAUGGCCUUCCUCCGGGACUACUUCGAGAGGCUUGAGAAGGAGGAGGCCAAACAGAUGCUCAGCCAGCAAAAGUCCGGUUCUCGCUCCGAUUCCCGAGAGGAUGAGAUUUCUCCUCCCAUGAACCCGGUGGUGAAAGGUCGGCGCCGCCGCGGUGCCAUCAGCGCCGAGGUUUACACCGAGGAGGACGCCGCGUCAUACGUCAGAAAAGUUAUUCCGAAAGACUACAAAACGAUGGCUGCUCUUGCGAAAGCAAUCGAGAAGAACGUGCUGUUCUCUCACCUUGAUGACAACGAAAGAAGCGAUAUAUUUGAUGCCAUGUUUUCUGUGAACUACAUCGCCGGAGAGACCGUCAUUCAGCAAGGCGACGAGGGCGAUAACUUCUACGUUAUUGAUCAGGGUGAAAUGGAUGUGUACGUGAACAACACGUGGGUGACGAGUAUCGGAGAAGGCGGCAGUUUCGGCGAGUUGGCGCUGAUUUACGGGACUCCGAGGGCAGCGACGGUCCGAGCCAAAACCAACGUCAAACUGUGGGGCAUCGACAGAGACAGCUACAGGAGAAUACUGAUGGGAAGCACUCUGAGGAAGAGGAAGAUGUAUGAGGAAUUCCUGAGCAAGGUGUCCAUUUUGGAAUCCCUGGAUAAGUGGGAGAGGUUAACGGUGGCCGACGCCCUGGAGACGGUGCAGUUCGAGGACGGACAGAAGAUCGUCGUCCAAGGCCAACCGGGAGACGAGUUUUUCAUCAUCCUGGAGGGAUCGGCAGCCGUGCUUCAGAGACGCUCCGAGAACGAAGAGUUUGUAGAAGUGGGUCGACUCGGAUCUUCGGAUUAUUUCGGUGAGAUCGCACUGCUGAUGAACCGUCCUCGAGCUGCCACUGUGGUCGCACGCAGUCCCCUGAAGUGUGUGAAACUUGACCGUCCUCGUUUUGAGCGUGUGCUCGGACCCUGCUCCGACAUCCUUAAGAGGAACAUCCAGCAGUACAACAGCUUUGUCUCUCUCUCUGUUUGAAUCUCUCUCUCUUUUCUCUCUCUCUCUCUCUCUCUCUCUCUCUCUCUCUCUCCUCUGUUUAUCGCAGGGUCCAGCUACGCAUUAUUUUUGUAUUUCGUAUUUGGUUCGUGCUCGCUGUGUGCGUGUGUGUGUGCGUGUGCGUGUGUGUAGAUCCAGCCUCAUGUUUUCGAACACGGAGAUGUAAAACGAAGCAGCCGAAACAGGAAGUCGACCAGAAACCGCACUCUUUAUAACAGUUAUUUUAUUUGUGUAAACGUGACUAUUUAUUUUUGCAGCCUUCGGGACGUGACGAGUCCUGAGGCGAAACCGCUCGGUACAUCCAUUCGUUUAUUUUUUGUCUAUUUCCUUUUUCUUUUUUUUCCUUCGUUCUGCCGUUCCAACCGUUUCAGCGUUUGUUCUCUUUCUCAAAUAAAAAGCUGAAAGGAAGAAAAAUAUUCUUCAUCGCAGACGAGCCUGUUAACUGGUUCCUAGCUAAAGUAGAUUUAUUUUAUUAUAUUUCAUUUACUGUUACUCAGUCCUGGGUGUUUUCCUGCCUUGAACCCAGUAUUCCAGGGAUGGGCUCCGGAUCACACGUAAUUUAUAAUUAAAUUUGAUCAGAAAUUAGUUGUUUUUUUUUGUUUGUUUGUUUGUUUGUUUAGUUGGAAUUAAAACGAGUCCAUUUACUGUCUUUAGUUUUCUGGGUAUUUUUUUUUUUUUUCAAAAAUUUAGAAGUUUUGUCAUUUUAUAAAGGAGUCAGAGAUUUCUCAUCUCUCUUUUUCUCUCUCUCUCUCUCUCUCUCUCCCUCUCUCUCUCUCUCUCUCUCUCCCCCUCUCUCUCUCUCUCUCUAUUUAAAUUGUGUGAUUAUUCUGAAGUGGUCAGAGUCUGACUAAUCCCAAGACAAGGCUGUAAACUGAGAGCUCUCAAGUUUGCGCCCUAUAACAGUGUUUACAAUUCAUUUUGGACUGUAGUGGCUCCAAAGGCAGGUGUGUGUGUGUGUGUGUGAGAGAGACAGAUUUAUUGGUUCUCUUUAUAUACAUGAGGGUACUGAAGUCGAGUCAUUUGAACUGUGUGUGUGCGUGUGUGUGUGUGUGUGUCUGUGCUGUAGCGAUCCGCUUUGCUCCUUAUCGUCCUUCGAUGCACACACAUAGCAGAAGUAAAUGAUAGUAAAUCACCAUAAAUGUAUUUUUUGCACACUUUGGUAUAUAUUGGAAUAUUAAGAUUCUCUCUAUACAUAAAUCUGUGUCGCUUUUUCCUCCGCAAUAUUAUUGCUCCUGUUCCUUCUGUUUUGUUUUAAUUUCUUUAUUCUCUCUGCUCUGCUCUCCCUUCAUAGCCGUCCUUUAAUCCAGAACCGCACCAUGUUCACUACAUAGUGCACUAUUUUUCUAUAUCCAGCACAUACGCAAUAUCCCACAAUGCCCUGCUUCGUCUCCGGUUUUUGGGACCCGCCCACAUCAGACUAGUGGUGAGGUGUUCAUGAUGUUUGUGUUGCCUGUAUCGUGAAUAGCACGUAUAUUAGGACAUGUGGGUAGUAGACUAAUGACGAGAAGUGUUUAUAAGGCUUCGUUAGUGAAUUGGGUGAGUGGCUUGGGAUGUAGACAUCGUAGACCAGUUACGGAGAGGGGUGUGUGUGUGUUGUGUGUGUGUGUUGUGUCUGUUUAGUAACUGAGGUGUUGUGUGGGACACGUCCACAGCAUACUGAUGGUGGUUCAAAUCUAUAAAUUAAGCAUAGGAAUAAAGCUCGUCACAAUAAUCCCUUCACCACUUGGCGCAGUUUUACAACACGGGAGGUUUUUUUCUUGCAUUUGUGAUACGAUAUCUUAAAAUUCUCCAUCGUGAUCAGAGUCACUUGGGUUGAAAUCUGUAAUUUGGCUUAUAUUACACUAAAGACUUUCAGGAAUGUUUGUUAGAAAAUACCGAUCGCGGGAAAAAGUGAUGACAACCACAGGUAAUUUAUCGUAACUAAAACCGGUUCCACACCCGCGACUGGUCGAUAUACAGCGUAACUCCAGCACCGUUUCAAAAUUUUAUACAAAAUAUAAAACAGUAAAAGCUACAUGAGCACCAACGAUUCUAAACGUUCACGUCGGUGCGUAUAAAUCACACACAUGCUCCAAGAGACAAACUAGGUUGUGUUUAUGUUUCCGUUCACAGAAAGAAGAGUAACUGUAGUGAGGUAAAAACUGACGAAUCAGCUAUUAGAACUUCCAACAACACGACGAAACGAAGAUGUAAUCCGUGCUGAACGGUGCAGCGAUCGGUGUGAGGUGACCGGUGUAAUGCCGGCACUGUGUAUUAACUCAAGUCGUGUUAUUUUUUUUGUUGUUGAUGUUUUAGCGUGAACUUUAGCGUCACACCGUGUGUUUUCUUUCAUAAAGUAGAACACUGACUGAACAUCCACUUUUUCCUACAUUUGUAGAACUGAAGCAGAAGCUCGUGAAAGAACCAGGUGUGAUUCGAUUCCCUGACGUUUGAUUUCUGCAGUAUUUGAUCCUGGCGUGUUCGUGAUGCGGUUAUUAUUUCAAGUUCGACGCUAACUCCGUAGCAGCUCGUUUGCGUAGCGGUGCUGCUAUGACGCGCUGUUUUAUUUCUGAAUACGAAGAAACUUUCACCUCAGAAAGCGGCCAUUUCGGUCCCUUUCCUCACGCCUCCCCCGCCCCCUUCUCCACUGUAUCAUUCCCACGUCGUCUUUUCAGAGCUCUAGUACGGAUAAAAGCUGAUAUAAUGGCUGACGCGUCCAUCUGUGCUGCUCUUUAGCUUUGCUGAGGACCAUUUUCUCUUCUGUGUUUCUGUGAUGUAUACAGAAUUUCUGUUUUAUUGUUUUUUCCCUCCCUUAUAUUGUGAUAUUGUAACCCUUUUUUUGGUAUCGAUCAUCCCAAUGGCAGGCCAAGCAAUAAAAAAUUCUUAAACA